AUGUACAUCACGACGCGCUCUGCAGUCACACGUCGCGGAAUUUUCGCUGCUCGUCGUCAGGCAGCAGUAAGCGGGAGGCGACAAUCCAGCACAAUGCACGACAAUGAUCCUGAUGUUUUGGAUUUGGAAAAGAAGCGCAAUCUGUCGGGAACGCAGCAUAAGACAUCGACACCCCACACCAACGCGCCUGGAUGGAACGAGCACCUCGCGACGGCUUCGGAGGCCUCUGUAAAGGCUGACCGCUCAGACAGUUCACCUGAGGAUAUGCAAAGAACAACCGUUGAAUAUAUCCAUUCCCGGCAUGCACCUGAUGAGAGAACAGAGCCAACGUCGGCCUUCUACUCUUAUGACACAGUCGAUGGGCCGCUUGGCGCAGGUGCCGACAAAAUUCUGUCUAAACGCACUGUUCACGAGGAAGUCACGGAAGUUCUCAAAAAAGAUGCCAGACCUACGGACAGCGAAGCCAAUGUCAAGGCCGACAGAGGCGAAUUGUAA